CGCAAAACCUCGCGGUACGUCCUCGACUAUAUAGUCAGGCGCCUCCCGCUCCUGGGUCUCUUUCAGUCGGAUUGGACACAAAAUGUCCCACCGUAAGUUUUCGGCUCCGCGCCACGGAUCCCUUGGCUUCCUGCCCCGCAAGAGGAGUCGUCGUCACCGUGGCAAGGCCAAGAGCUUCCCCAAGGAUGACCCCAGCAAGCCCGUGCACCUGACCGCCUUCCUGGGCUACAAGGCCGGCAUGACCCACAUCGUGCGUGAGGUCGACAGACCCGGAUCAAAGGUGAACAAGAAGGAGGUGGUGGAGGCUGUGACCAUCGUGGAGACUCCCCCCAUGAUUGUGGUCGGCGUGACUGGUUACGUCAACACCCCCCGCGGCCUUCGCUCCUUCAAGACCAUCUUCGCCGAGCACAUCAGUGACGAGUGCAAGCGUCGCUUCUACAAGAACUGGUACAAGUCCAAGAAGAAGGCCUUCACCAAGUACUGCAAGAAGUGGCAGGAUGAGGAGGGAAAGAAGCAGCUGGAGAAGGACUUUGCUGCCAUGAAGAAGUACUGCCAAGUCAUCCGCAUCAUCACCCACACUCAGAUGCGUCUGCUGCCCAUCAGACAGAAGAAGGCUCACCUCAUGGAGGUCCAGCUGAAUGGCGGCACCAUCUCUGACAAGGUGGACUGGGCCCGCGAGAAGCUGGAGCAGUCCGUCCCCGUCAGCAACGUCUUCGUUCAGGACGAGAUGAUCGACGUCAUCGGGAUCACCAAGGGUCACGGCUACAAAGGCGUCACCAGCCGCUGGCACACCAAGAAGCUUCCUCGCAAGACUCAUCGUGGUCUCCGCAAGGUGGCGUGUAUCGGGGCGUGGCAUCCCGCCCGCGUGGCCUUCUCCGUGGCCCGUGCUGGUCAGAAGGGCUACCACCACCGCACAGAGAUCAACAAGAAGAUCUACAAGAUCGGUCAGGGCUACCACCAGAAGGACGGCAAGCUGGUGAAAAACAACGCCUCCACAGAGUACGACCUGUCCAACAAGAGCAUCAACCCCCUGGGAGGCUUUGUCCACUACGGUGAGGUGACCAAUGACUAUGUGAUGGUGAAGGGCUGUGUUGUCGGGACCAAGAAGAGGGUGCUGACCCUGCGCAAGUCUCUGCUGGUGCAGACCAGCCGUCGUGCCCUGGAGAAGAUCGACCUCAAGUUCAUCGACACAACCUCAAAGUUUGGUCACGGUCGCUUCCAGACGGUGGAGGAGAAGAAGGCCUUCAUGGGUCCACUCAAGAAGGAUCGCAUCGCCAAGGAGGAGACGGCCUGAAGAGGUUUUACUGGAACCGCACCUGUCCCUGUCUGCGGCCAAUAAAAGUGAAAAAUCCA